AUGAAGAAACUAUUCUUUUUCAAAUCUUCUGCAUCUAGCAGCGGAAGCAACAAUGGGACUCCACCAAAAACAACAAAUAAGCAAGUGUCCUGGGAUAAUUUUUCAGAUAGUGGAAUGAAUAAUCAGGCUCAUGGUAAAAGUGAGGAUUAUUUCCAGAGCCCCAAGGGCUUGUUCUCCAAAUCUCGAAAGCAAGUUUCUGAUAGCCAGAGUUCUUGUGGUGAUCCAGGUCUUAGAAGGAGCAGGUCAUUGUCAUCAGGUGCCUAUCAGUUCAAAGAUCCCAAUAGAUCUCCUUCUAGUAGCAUUGCUAGUGAUCCAUACCAUCAAUUCGAGCAUUUAUCUCAUCAUGAGCCAUCCGGUAACUCUUCCACUUCUUCUAGCAACGUCUCGAGUAAGAUUGUUGAUCGUUACAUUGACGGAGAGCAGCAGCCAGAGGAAAGUAGACCCAGGAACAAUUCACAAAGAAAUAAUACUAGACAUGGAAAUUAUGGUACAAAGCUUCCUCCAAAAAUUCAGCAUACAGCACCUAAUUCACCAACUGAUGGAGUCAAAGAUAAACCAAGGACUCAUUCAUUUAGAGAAGCUAAAGUUACCCGUUUGUCAUCCCGAGAUUGGACAGAAAAUGGGUUUGGACAUGAAUCUCCAAGGAGUCUCGCAAAGAAUGUCAUUGAGAGACUUUCUCGAACUUGUGAUAUCUCUAAAACAAGUUCAAAGAAUUUUGAUGUUGAUAAUCCAAUCACAAUUCAUGAUAUCUAUGCUAGAUCUGCGAAUGGACGCUAUGACUCUGAUUUAGAUGAUGCUGUGCCAAAAAGUUAUUUUUUGGAUGAACCAUACAGAAUGACAAAUGGUUAUCAUGACAUGAAUGGUAGUUGUGAGGGUUUAAGCUCUGAUGAAGCUGCAGGGGAUGCUGAUUCAGAAUUAAUGAGAAGAUCAAAGGAAGCUGAAGAGAGAGUUAUUCUUCUUUCAAAGAAAUUGGAACGACAAAGCUUUUUUCCUGAUGGUGGUUAUGACGUGCCAACACUGAUUCAGACAAUCAGAAACCUAGUAGAGGAGAAAAUAAGCUUGGCUUUGGAAGUUUCAACCCAUCUAAGAUCUCAAAUUUCUGACAGAACAUCCGCCAGGGAAGAACUUAGACGUGUGAAGGAAGAAGUGGAGUUUCGGACUCAAAGACUAGAGAAAGAAAAGAAUGAGAUGCAGUCAGCAUUGGAGAAGGAAUUGGACCGGAGGUCAAGUGACUGGUCAUUUAAACUUGAGAAGUACCAGUUAGAAGAGCAAAGGCUUCGCGAGCGAGUUAGAGAGCUUGCAGAGCAGAAUGUAUCGCUUCAAAGGGAAGUCUCCACUUUUAGUGAGAGGGAAAUGGAAAGCAAAAGUGCAAUGACGUAUACUGACCAACAACUCAAGGGAGUGACUGAAAAGACAGAGAAAAUGAAAGAGGAGAUUCUGGAUUUGCAGCAAAAUCUCUUAGAACUACAAGAGAAAUGCAAGAUAGCAGAAGAAAAUAGGGACAGCAUCAGAAGAAAUUUUGUAGAGAAGGAGAAGGAGUGCAAAGAGUUGCAGAAGUCCCUAACAAGAUUAUUAAGAACUUGCAGUGAGCAAGAGAAGACAAUAACGGGAUUACGAGGUUGCUUUAAUGAGGACCUUCAUAAGAACCAGUCUAUGGAGAGCUUUGACAAGCACAUUGCAAAAAUGCAAAUGGAGCAAAUGAGGUUAACAGGAGUAGAAUUGGCCUUGAGAAGGGAGCUGGAAUCUUACAGGUUUGAGGCAGAUUCUCUUCGCCAUGAAAAUAUAAUUCUGUUAGACCGGUUGAAAGGUGAUGGGAAAGAAUGUGUUGCUGCUACUUAUAAACUAGAUAAAGAACUGUGGGCCCGCAUCUGCUGCUUACAGAAUCAAGGCCUAACAAUGCUAAAUGAAAGCACAUACUUGUGUUCAAAGUUACUGGAAUUCAUGAAAGGGAAAGGAGGCCAUCCUCGGCAAAAUAUCCAGCUGGAUCUAGAAGUCAUUGGAAAUGGUUUAGAUGGGCAAUUCAUUGUUGAAUCUGAAACUAAAAUUCAGAGGCUUAAAAGUGGCACUGAGGGUUUAACAAGGAGUUUGCAGAUGAUGUCUUCUUUGUUGAAAGAAAAGUCAAAUCCAUUGACUUCUAAAUAUCAGUCAGAGUGUAUAGACGCUGAUAUAUUAGCUAAACUGAAUGAACAAUCAUCCGAGGAUAUUAUAAGAACUGAGCUUAAAGCAGAAUGUUUGGUAACAAGUUUAUUAAAGGAGAAGCUGUACUCUAAAGAGCUCGAAGUUGAGCAGAUGCAAGCUGAACUUGCUACAGCAGUAAGAGGAAAUGACAUACUUAGAUCUGAGGUGCAAAAUACAUUGGACAACCUUUCAAGUGUAACCCACAAGUUGAAGGACCUAGAACUUCAGAUAUUGAAGAAAGAUGAGAGUAUAAGCUGCCUUCAAAAUGAUCUGCAACAGACUACUAGGGAAUUAACAAUCGCAAAGGGAAUAUUGGACAAAGUGUCAAAGGAGAGAGAUCUUAUGUGGGAGGAAGUGAAGAAAUUUAAUGAGCAGAAUAUGUUGUUGAACUCAGAGGUAAACGCUUUGAAGAAGAAGAUAGAGGCACUUGAUGAAGAUAUACUUGUUAAGGAAGGUCAAAUAACAAUCUUGAAAGACUCCCUUGGCCAAAAACCCUUUGAUCUCCUUGGAAGUCCCGAAUCUAUGCAUGAAUUUUUGCUUAGUUGAUUA